AUGCUCGAGAUCCGCGAGCUGCGACCGCUGCUGGCGAUCCUCAAUGAAGAUGACAAGCCGCUGGAACACGUAAUUGGCACGUUUCUACGCACGUUUACAAAGAACGACCACUUUAAAGUUGGCUGUACGAUCUGCAUCCUGCUGCAGGACAAUUUACUCACGAGCUCUCAACGUUUCGUGGGCUUUUCGAUCUUGAGUGAUUUGUACCGCAACGACGGCGGCACAACGAACCCGUUUUUGCCAGUGUUCUUGGCUGCUUUAGAAAAAGGCAGCGAUGGAUGCGAGAAACUGUUCAUUGUGCAUCUGCUAUCGGCUGCUGGAGCUGCUCGUGACUCGAGUAAGAAGACGGCAAAGCAGUUGAUGGCCGAUUUUCGAGCGAAUCCGUCGCAGUCUGUUAAGUUUGAUGUUGAGACGAUGAGACAAAGCUACUUGAAGCGCACGCCAGUAGUGCCGCAAUUCCGUGCUGCCGGGAUUCGAAACGUGGUGACGGACACAGAGUUUGAUCUGCAAGAGCAUGUAAACAAUGGGGCCAAUCUGCAAGUACCUCCGAACGAAGUGAGUUCACUGAACCUGCCAUGCUUUGAAGCGCUGUCGUUGGAAGAGAUGAGCUUGCUCGGCGAUGACCAGACUGCAGCCGGUACCGCCGCUGGACCAGCUGGCAGUUCUGCAAGUGUACCGGCUUCUGGCUCGUUGUCAUUGCUGAGCUUCGAGCCGACAUUCAUGCGCCUCCCCCCACCCAUCCUCGAGCCAGACAUGACCGAGUUAAUCUGGUUGAAUCCGGACUACUAUCCGACGGUGUUGUGGGACUCGACGAUGCUGGACUCGACGCACGGCAUUGCGUUGCGUGAGCUCAUGCAACGUGCAUUCCAGAAGCCACUGGUGCCAUCGCUGCAGCAAAAAGUGCUUGCGGAACUGGAAGCAGAUCCGAAGCUUGUGUAUCACUGCUCGCUAACGCCCCAGCGAUUACCAGAUCUCGUGGAAAACAACCCAAUGUUGGCCAUCGACUGCCUGCUGAAGCUCAUGUCAUCGAACCAGAUCACAGAAUACUUGUCAGCUCUGGUGAACAUGGACAUGUCGCUACAUUCGAUGGAAGUCGUGAACCGACUGACAACGGCAGUGGAUUUGCCGACUGAGUUCAUACACCUGUAUAUUUCUAACUGCAUAUCAUCGUGCGAGAACAUCAAAGACAAGUACAUGCAGAACCGCCUUGUGCGCCUUGUGUGCGUUUUCCUGCAGUCGCUGAUCCGGAACAAGAUUAUUAACGUGCAGGACUUGAUCAUUGAGGUACAAGCUUUUUGUAUUGAGUUUAGUCGUAUUCGCGAAGCAGCAGGGCUGUUCCGCUUAUUGAAGACGCUGGAAUAA